AUGAAAACAGAAUCAGAUAAUGAAAUAGAGACUUUAUAAACGAUGUGGAAAAACAUAAAACAACGUAUGGAAUCCAAACAUGAUGAUUCAGAUAUUUUUUAACAGCCUCCAUAAUAGAUUACAAUCAAUAGCCCAUAUGCUGCUAAAAAUUAUUAAGUGCAAAUUUAAGCUUUGCAGGAUGAGUUGUUCCAAAAAAACACUAAAUUGAUAGCUGCCCAAUAAUAAUUGAAUUAGAUUAGCGAUGAAAAUUCAUAAUUAUAAGAUGAAUUAGAGUAAGUGAAAGUUGAAAAUUCGUUAAUGAAAUAGAAGUUAGAAUUAAUAGAAUCACAAAUAGAUUCGAUUUAGGCAGACAAAGACAGUCUGAAAUUAAUAAGGUUAGAGAAUGAAUAGUUGAGAAUUGAUGUAAAAAAAUUACUUGAAUUAUUAAGAAAAACAAAGGAAUAUAAUAAUAUUGGUUUUGAUGAAAACUAAUCAUAUGUUAAAGGGAGUGUUAAGUUUGACACCAGGAAAUCUAAGAUAGAUGAAACAAAUUGGGUUCCCACUAAAUGUAUUGAAUUGAUGUAAGAUUAUGAUAAUAAGGAAGAAGUCUUGUUGCAAUUGAGUAACUAAUUUCAUAAUUGUUAUGUUGAAAAGAUAAAUAAAUUAAAAUAGAAUUCUCAAUAAGAAGUUGAGUAAUUAAAAAGGCAAUUGGAUAGCAGAACUACAGUUGAUGGAAUGCAACAAUAGAAGUAAAUAGAAAGAUUGAAGAAAUAAAAAAAUGGAAGUGGCAAGGAUAAAGUGGGCAUUUCUUAAUUGCAAGAUUGUUUUAAUUUGAUCAAAUAAAAGGAAUUAAUAAUCAUAGAACUUUAGUAAAGGAUCCAAGAGAUGAAUUAGUAAAUGAAUGCAGAUGAAAAUUAUGGCAGUAUGAAAAAGCAAGUAUUCAUUGAAGGGGCUUAAUGGAUGCUGGCUAAGAUAUUGGAUGAAGUAAUUGCUUAUGAAAUUAGUUUAAAUGAAUUGAAUUACGAUGUAGCAAUUAAAAUAGAGAGUCUAAUGAGUUCUGAAGAUAUAGUUCAAUAAUAAAUCAUAAACAAAGUCUAUUAUUGGAUAACUGAUACUUCAAGAGAAUUAAUUGACACUUUUAAAGAUAAGCUAUAAUCAAUUAUGAAUACUACAAAUAGUAGAAUUUAAUAGUUAUGA